AUGACGUGCUCGCCCGGCCUCGUGGUACCCCUGCUGGGUCUGGGCCUGGGGCUGGCCCUGAGCCUAGCCGGAGCUGUGGCCGCCGACUGUGGGUCCUUCGCUCCCGCGGAGCAUCUGGUAUUCACUCCAGCAGCCAGGACGCGAUGGUUGGCCCCUCGUGUCCGCGCGCCGGGGCCCCUGGACUCCCUCUAUGGCACCGUGAGGCGAUUCCUCUCCGUAGUUCAGCUCAACCCCUUCCCGUCGGAGUUGAUAAAGGCCCUGCUGAAUGAUCCAUCGUCUGCAAAGACGGAUGAGGUGGUUCGGUAUGAGGCAGGCUACGUGGUGUGUGCUGUGAUUGCUGGCCUCUACCUCCUAUUGGUGCCGGCUACUGGGCUCUGCUUCUGCUGUUGCCGUUGCCGCCGGCGCUGUGGGGGCCGAGUGAAGACGGAGCACAAGGCCAUGGCCUGUGAACGCGGCACCCUCAUGUCCUUCCUGCUGCUGACCACCCUCGUGCUUCUGAUUGGUAUGGUCUGUGCUUUUGCUACGAAUCAGUACACACAUAGUCAGACAGGCCCCAGUGUGGAAGCUGUCCCUGAGACCCUGCUCAGCCUAAGAGGCCUGGUGUCUGAUGUGCCUGGAGAGCUUCAGGCUGUGGCUGAGCGGUUCUCUGUACCCCAGGAGCGAGUCUCAAAGGAGCUGGAUGGUGUCGGUGAGAAUCUUGGGAACAUAAUUCACAACCAGCUCAAGAGCACAGUGUACCCGGUGCUAGCCUCAGUGCACAGCCUGGGCCAGGCCCUGCAGGUUUCCACAGACCACCUUCGAGCCCUGAACACCACCUCUGUGGAGCUGCAAGAGGGGCAGCAGCACCUGGGGCCGCUUGUACGGGCGCACCGGGAGCGCCUGCUCACCUUGCUUCAGGAGAGCUGGUGCCGCGGGAACUGCAAGGGGGCCCUAAGCCAGGCCAGUGCCCUGCAGCUGGGUGCUGACUUCAGCCAGGUGCCACCUGUGGAUGAUGUCCUGCAUCGGCUGAAGGAUGUCCCAGAGGCCAACUUCUCCAGCAUGGUCCAGGAGGAGAAUACCACCUUCAAUAGCCUCCCGCUCCUGGUUGCAGCGCAGACGGCCAGUGUAGUCCAAGAUCUGAAAAAGGCGCUGGCUGAGCAGCCUGAAGGUGUGAGGAUGCUGGCCCAAGGGUUCCCAGGUUCAGAGGCAGCUUCCCGCUGGAGCCAGGCGCUGGAGGGGCUGGAACAGCGCAGCCGCCCCUACUUACAGGAGCUGCAACAAUACGAGAAAUACAGGUGGAUUUUGGGAUGUGUGUUGUGCUCUGCCAUACUGCUUGUGGUGAUCUGUAACCUGCUCGGCCUCAGCCUAGGCAUCUGGGGGUUGUUUGCCAGGGAGGACCCCAGCCACUCCGAAGCCAGAGGCGAGGCUGGAGCCCGCUUCCUCAUGGCAGGUGUGGCCUUCAGCUUCCUCUUUGCAGCCCCCCUCAUCCUCCUCGUUUUCGCCACUUUCCUGGUGGGUGGCAACGUGCAGACGCUGGUGUGCCGGAGCUGGGAGAGCGGAGAGCUGUACGAGUUUGUAGACACCCCGGGGAACUUGCCCGCAUCCAUGAACCUGUCCUACCUUCUUGGCCUGCGGAAGAACAUCAGCGUCCUCCAGGCCUAUCAACAGUGUAAGGCAGGGGCAGUACUCUGGAAGGUUCUACAGCUCAAUGACUCCUAUGACCUGGAUAAGCACCUGGAUAUCAAACGGUACACCCAAAAGUUCCAGGAGGAGCUUCAGAACUUCAAAGUGGAUGUGAAGGAUCUAGACCUGUUGAGCCCCGCUGUCCGCCGAGACCUGGAGGCUUUGCAAGGUAGCAGGCUGGAGAAAAUCCACUAUGGAAACUUCCUGGUACAGAUCCAGAAGCCUGUAGUGGAGACUGACAUGGAGCAGCUGGCGCGGGAUCUGGAAGGAGUGGCCCAGGCUCAAAAUGACUCUGUACUGAGGCAGCAACUACAGGAGGAAGCCAGAGAACUCCGAAGCCUCUACCAGGAGAAGGUCGUCCCCCAGCAGAGCCUUGUGGCCAAGCUCAACCUCAGUGUCAGGGCCCUGGAGUCCUCUGCCCCAGAUCUGCAGGUGAAUACCGCAAAUGUUCUUGGCAACGUCACUCGUCUGAAAGGAGAGCUGCCUGCCCGGACCAGCCAUAUUGUGAGGAAUGCCUCUGAGUGUUUCCUGGCCAGGGAAAUGGGCUACUUCUCUCAGUAUGUGGCCUGGGUGAGAGAAGAGGUGACACAACACAUCGCCACCUGCCAGCCCCUCUCUGCAGCCCUGGACAAUGGCCAUGUGAUUCUAUGUGACAUGAUGGCCGACCCCUGGAACGCCUUCUGGUUCUGCCUGGGGUGGUGCACCUUCUUCCUCAUCCCCAGCAUCAUCUUCGCUGUCAAGACCUCCAAAUACUUCCGUCCCAUCCGGAAACGCCUCAGCUCCACCAGCUCCGAGGAGACACAGCUUUUCCAUAUCCCCAGGGUCACUUCCCUGAAGCUAUAGGACCCACUGUUUCUAACAGGCAAGGUGAUCCCUGGGGACUUCCUGUCCUUCUUCUUUUGUCUCACUCUGGACCAGAAGAAUUGUAAUCCC